UGUAAACAGAAGUUGAUUAUUUUGUUUUGCUGCGUUGAAAAAUGGAGCUGGAAAUGUGUUCCUUCGAGGCUUUCGUUAAUAGUUCUGCCAAGAAUACAGAACAUAAGGAUCUUAGCGUCAUGGAUCACCCUUCUUAUAACCAAAUACCGAAAUUCUUUGAUCCUCCACCAAAACCAGAGGAUAAAACCCGUCAGUUGCAGCGUCGAGAGGCCCAUUCCCUUUUUCUACAGGAUCAGGCGGAGGAGCUUCUCAAUGCGGAGGAUUUGAAUGAUCUGUGGAGGACCAUUGAAAUGCAUGUGACCGAAACUACUAGAUCAAAGCGGCAACUCAUCAACUUGGAUGAUUAUUUGAUAGUCGUUUCGAAAGUAAGUGCCAAGUGUCAAAAGUUAAUGACAGUGGCACUUUUUUUCGAACUGAUGCUAUCCUCUAAUUAUCCCGGCCUUUUGGAAAUCGUAUCUAUUUAUAAUCAUAUAGUACGAAGGGUUUCGGUCAUCCAAGGACACAUUGGGCUUUCUUCUUACGAUGACUUUGGACAAGGAUAUUUAAGUGAAAGUGGUCUGGAGAGCUAUAUCGCAGACAUUAUACCCAAGCUGACACAAAUCCGAGAUUCUAUGCAGCCCUCAUUCGAGAGGUUUUACGUCUGUACAGUGGUAAAGAAGUUUUUCUUCUUCCUGGACCAUCUUCAUAUGCGACGUAUACGAAUUAGGGAUAUAGUAUCCUCGGGAUUGCUAUCGCAAUUACUAGCGCUACGUGAUAAGCCAAACUACAACGAUGCAAAGGAAAACGAGACGAGAAACUGUUUUUCAAUGCCCGCUAUCUUGGGUAUUUACGAAAAGUAUCUCGAUUUAGAUAGGGAUCAUGACGGUAUGCUGAGCAAGAAGGAGCUGUCUAAAUACGGUUCUGGUAGCCUAACUUCCAUAUUUCUGGAUCGAGCAUUCGAGGUGUGUCGUACUUAUAGUGGAAAAAUGGAUUACAAAACCUUUCUAGACUUUUACUUUGCAAUGGAAAAUCGAAAAUCUCUCCCAGCCUUGCACUAUAUUUUCCGUAUCCUAGACAUAAAUCAGCAGGGAUAUUUGACAGCCCAAACCUUGCGAUAUUUCUACGCUGGCAUUGAAGCGCGCUUUAAAACUUUGAAGGCGGAGGCCGUGAAUUUUCAGGACCUCAAGGAUGAGAUAUUUGACAUGGUCAGACCCAAGGAUCCGCUUAAAAUAACCCUCAAAGAUUUAAUCAACAGCGGUCAAGGCGAGACUGUGCUCUCCAUACUAAUUGAAUUCGAUAAAUUCUUGGCCUACGAAAACCGUGAGGAGAAUCCACAGAAUGUUUAAUAACCGAAUUCCAGCCGGCAGCCACAGCAGCAACAUGCAACAUGCAACAAGCAGCAGCAACUCUCUUGCGGUGACAACAUUAAGCCAAAUUUAAUUAAAUCCCCGGACUCUGCUCCUUGCAAUUCUUUUAUACGAAGGAUUUCGAUAUGUAUUUUUAUGUCGCACAAUUGCAUGCAAAUUCAAUGUGUAAAGUCCCUCAACUAUUUCGGCUUACUCGUAUUUGUCUUUAUACACACGUAAUUGCAAAUUGCUCAUAAAUAUUUAUGCGGGCCUUUUAAUUAUGUU